UAUCGAACACGAUCCAACCUAUGAUGCAUGGGGCACGCCUGAUUUUUCUCCUCAAUCCGCUCGAGAGUCUCUGUUUGCGAGUUCGGAAUUUUGGUUCUUUAAUUCGGUCCAGUUCGAGCGAAACGUGAAUAACAUACAAAUGGCCCAUGGAAAAGCCAAACUACGCUCAUCAGCAGAGAACUAUACAGAAAAACAAGUAUGUGCGCCUCACCGCAUUCUCGUCAUACCUCCUUCCCCAGCCGAUGAAGAACCUGGAUGGGCCACUCUCGUGUCCAUGCUACAGAGACGGUAAGCGGUGUCAACGGCGCCCUAUUUCCCAUGACGAAAUCGGCUGGGCCAUUAUCUAUUGUUCAACUUCGCUCUUAUGCAAUCCAACUGUUCCCAAAGCUCCGGCCGCGUCAGCACCCAGGGAACAGACACCGAUCUCCCCGCCUGCCGUACCUCAGUCUCCUCCAGCCGCACCGCAUUCCCCACCAUCUACCACACAAGGUUCCCUGAUUCGUGAAAGCGCCAGUCUCGCAGAUAUGUUUGAUGAUUUUAUUGGUGAUGAUGGACCUCGUUCACCACCUCCUGCCGUUGUCAACACAUCGCCGCCUCAGCCGGCACCUGCUACCACUGUUCCAUUAAUAGAGCCUUCUUCAUCCUCUGCGCUUGAUGCGACAUCUUCCUCCACCCCCGCCUCUUUGUCCAAAAAGCGACGACAAUUACCUUUUUCCUCCCAAAAUAUUGAACCUCUUUUAUCGCAAACAAUGGAACCCCAAGACAGUGUAGAAGAGACAUCCACACGAAGAACACGUCCUCGUUUAUCAAGCAAAGAACCACAUGAAACGACGGCACCACAACAUCUUAUUGCCGACACCGAGCCCGGCGGUAUUGACAUUGACCUUGAUCUUGAUCUGCCUACAACGACAGUAGAUAUGGAUCCACCGAGAGAAACAGUGACUGUGGAAACUCACAAUGAAUCAAGGGGUCAUCCACGAGAAACAACACCUUUGGCGCUUCCCCAGACACCCCGCGGUCGAGGGACCGCGUCAAAGAGACAGAACAAAAGAAACACAAGAACCACGAAUAUACCCACCUCUGCUUUGAAUCUGUGGAACGACAAUGAAGCGCAAGCGAGUGAACACGCACCAGAAAGCGGCAAUGAUGAAGAAGAAGAAAUCAUACCGGGGAAGCAAUAUUCUGUCAUCGAAUUUGCUGCUAUUGUGCGUCCACCAGCAGCGGCCCCUUCCAGUCAUUCGUCCAACGAAGGAAUUAACUAUAAGCGAUUCCGCAAAGUUCAGCCUAUCCAGCCUCCUGAUUUUAUGGAUUUUGUUCCCAUGACAUUAAGCGAUGCGGAAAUUCGGACACGACAAGGUAAACCGGCCUUGGAAAUGCUUAAUCGGAACUGUGUCUCAUUACUUGCUUCGUAUAGAACCGUCGGUUAAUCUGUUUACCAACACCGAUGCUGGCAAUCCACAAGCCAUUGUGGAUCCUGAUAUUCAGAUUCGUGUUAAUACCAUUGCCCACAGAAGACGACGGUGAAACCUCAAAAAGAACACGAAUAAAAAAAACCCCGAGAACGCAUGCGCACCUGAAGUUGAAAAAAGGAUUAUUAAUGGCAAUUUGAAAUAAAAAAAAAAUCAGUUUUGCGACUCCAUCCAACCCAGCCAUGGUAAUGCAUACAAUAAAGGCAUUCCUGUUCAUGACACUAAUCCCAAAGACAAAAAGAACUUGUUGACCAUCUUUUUGGUCUUUGUGGUGCUGCUUAGCAUCUUUGUCUUUAUCUUAUUGUUUGGACAGAGCCCUCAAUUCAGGCAAGUCCUAUAUAUUGCGACCCGGUUUCACUGUAACGUGGAGGACAACCAAUUGAAUGAUAAUCUGUUGGUGUAGAC